UUUUCCAUAGAAUGCUAAAAAGCACAGUUUAAAUGCUCCGAGCCUCUCGCGUGUUUUGGCGGCUCUGAGAGCUCAAAUUGCGGCAGAAUGAGCUCCGUUCAGCUGCUGCGGAUGUCGGUAUAUGAGCGGAUCAGCGCCGCUGCUGAGGACGUCCUACGGCACCUGGAAAACGGGAAGAAAGGGGCUAAACUCCGGACACAGAGCGCUCUGAUAACUGCGCGGCUAACGGCUGUGGCGGAGGAGAUAUUCGGUCUGUUUAAGGAAACGUUGGCGGAGUACGAGGAGAAACUGCAGCGGUCAGAACAGGAGAUCUUCCGCCACAGGAAGCAGCUGGAUGCUCUGCUGAAACCUGAGGUUCGACUGUACCGAUCUGAACAACCACAGCUUUUUAAAGCCGCAGGAGCCGCUGCAACACCUGCAGCCAGCGGUUACUCGUCCACUUCCGGUCAACUUCACAAUAAAAGCCCUGCAGAUCAGAGUGAAGAGGAGCCUGAGGAGGCUAAAGACACAGACCUUCUGAGGAUUGUGACCCUAGAUGACUCGGACCUCUUGCCCCACCCGCCCCAGUUCAACCCACCAAACCUGAAUCGAUUUGACUCUGAUAAUAACAUCAGCUAUGCUUCCUGCUCGUCGUCACCAUGCUCUUCUCCACCCUCCUGCCGCCUGCCGGCCUCGGCGGGGACCGAUGAAGAUGAGGACUGGAUGGAGUGUCGGUCUCUCAAAUCUGAGGGCAAAAGGAAAAGAGGACGGCCUUUCGGAUCAGUUGGAAAAAAGAAGAGAAGCCGGUGUUUUGGAUCUGUUGGGAGAAAGGAAAGAAGUCCACCUCUUGAAUCUAUUGGAAAAAAGAAGCGAGGACGACCUUUUGGAUCUUUGGGGAAAAAGAAGAGAGAACUUCUGGGUCUUGAACCUUUAGGUGUUGUGAAAAAACGAAAGCGAACUCCUCCUACAGAAAGUUAUAGCUGCUACGUCUGUGGGCGCUUUUGUCCUGGCAAAGGCUUCUUGCUGCAACACGCCCUAAGGGUCUGUGGCAGCAAUCCGGACUUGCGCUGUGGCUUCUGUGGCGAGCUUUCAGACUCUGCUGACAGUCUGAUGGCUCACCUGCAGGCUCACCAGCAGAACACUAAAACAUGCUCCAUCUGUGGGAAAACAUUUACUUCCAUCAGGGCACAGGAGCUGCAUUUCCGUAUCCACACCGGAGAGAAGCCACAUGCAUGCCUUGAAUGUGGCAAAAAAUUCAGACAGAAGAGCAACCUGAUGUCUCACUUGCUGGUCCACGCUGCAGAGAAACCUUUCAAAUGUAAAGAGUGCCCGCGCGCCUUCUGCCACAUGACCUCGUUGGAGCGCCACAUGGAGGAGCACAAUGAAGAGCUGAUCCUCUCCUGCAGCCUUUGUAAUCAGGAGUUUAGCAAGCGGAAAGACCUGCGUAAACACAUGGCGACCUUUCAUGAGGAUGGCAUUGGUAAAUCAAACAAAGGCCGCACUUCAGUGUUGUCCAACUGCAAAGUGUGUGGGGAAGCUUUUGACCGAAAGAUACUGCUAGUUAGACAUGCAGGGACUCAUGUGCAGGAACCAAACAGCUGCUGCGGAGUUUGUGGAAAUCAGUUCGACUCCAUCGACAGCCUCAUCGCUCACCUGCGUUUCCAUCGGGUUGCUGCCAGAACCUGCGAGACCUGUGGAAAAUCCUUCCCAGGUCGAUCGGCGCUGCUAAUGCACCUGAGGAUCCACACCGGAGAGAAACCCUUCACCUGCAGCUUCUGUGAAAAGGCCUUCAACCAGAUUGGCAACCUAAAAAUGCACCUGAAGAUCCACACGGGCGAGCGAGCCUUCUCCUGCAGCAUCUGUGGGAAGGGCUUCACCCAAAAAAACAGCCUGGACACUCACAUCCGCUUCCAUAACAAGGAGAGGCGCUUCCUUUGUCAGGUGUGCGGGAAAGGCUUCAUGCAGGACGUGGACCUGAAGAGACACAUCCUUAUCCACACCGGAGAGAAGCCUUACGUGUGUAGGGUCUGCGGAAAGAGCUUCCAGGCCAGACGGUCGCUCAACGGUCAUGUCAAAGUGCACGAAGCUGGUGGGAAUGUGGACACUGCUGAGUAUCAGAGGACGGACAGCUUUUUUUCUGGAAGCCUCCAGCUGUAGACCAGGACCAAACUCUUUCCCCAGAAAGGUUUUUUUUUUCCACCAAACUGGUUCCACAACUAGCACCAGUUUCUCCUGUUUCUAUCACCAUGUGGCUGGUUUAGUGGAUAAAAACAAAAACGCAUCCUCAGCAGCUCAAGGCCAGAUUAAGCAGAACAACAACUAGUGAGAUUUAUUUAAGAGCCAUGUUUAAAACUCCUGACGUAAUUUUAGUUUUAAUCUGGCAAAGUUAGGACAGACCAACAAAAGCUUCUGUCUUUUGUCCCGCUUCUGUUGAUCUGGCUGUCCCUGUUUUCAAAGCAGAGCAAUGCACCACGGAGCAGCGCACUUAGACACUGUUUUUAGAUGGUCCAUUAGAGGUGCAGCAGUCGGGGUUUUCCUAGAUGAACACAGAUUUCUGCAUUUAUUUUUGGUCUGAUCUGCUAAUCCAGAUGUUGAAAAAUUACUUCUUUUU